GGAAUUUCUGGCUCGUGAACGGCUACACGAGACUCGAGACGUUUCCCGUCGGUUCGGGUUGACGGGAUCUGUAACUGUGCGCGCAUACGAGUUCCCGGGCUCCGGACAGCCGCCGCGUGCUUUAAACGUGCUCUCCUCGUCGUUGUCGUCGUUUCUAUUUUUUUUCUUUCUCUCUGCCGUCGCGUUCGAAUCGUCGCCAGCGUGUUAAUUAAACAAACAAACUGUAUACCGGCGGUGUUAAUCGGACACGCUGCUGCCGCGAGAAAAUCUGGAAAGGACGGGUGAGUCGAUGGGGAAAAAGCAGGCGGCGGAGGAGAAAGAGGCAAGAAUUUCGGGAACAACGCGACACGAUGGAGAACAACGACGAAGGGCGAACAAUUGGCGAACGCGCGUCAACGUCCAAGGAGGAACCGUCACCUAUCGGUUCCGCCGACGACGAUUACGGCUGCAAGCACUACAAGCGAAAGUCCAAGUUCGUUACACCCUGCUGCAACAAGGUAUACACGUGCCGAUUCUGCCACGACGAACGGGAGACCCACACGGUGAAUAGGAAGGAAGUCACGGAACUGAUAUGCGUCUUGUGUGACACCCGUCAACCGGUACAAGCAACUUGCCAGAACUGUCAUUGCCGAUUCGGCAAGUACACGUGUCUCGAAUGCAACCUCUUCGAUGACGAGGACAGGAAUCAGUAUCACUGCGAUAGCUGUGGAAUAUGCAGGAUCGGUGGUCGCGACCGUUUCUUCCACUGUGCCAAGUGCAACAUGUGUUUGCCGGUUCAGUUGCAGAACGGACACACGUGCGUGGAAAACGUUUCACACGCCAAUUGCCCUGUCUGUCUGGAGGACAUUCACACGAGUCGUAUACCCUGUCACAUUCCAGACUGUGGUCACUUACUACAUCGUCCCUGUUUUGAAGAAUUGUUACAUUCAGGGCAUUAUGCGUGCCCCAUUUGCCAGGUGUCUCUUCUAGAUAUGACUGAUUUAUGGAGAUUUUUAGAUAUGGAAGUGUCAUUGACACCAAUGCCAGAAGAGUAUAGAGAUUUCAAGGUUGAUAUUCUCUGCAAAGACUGCCAUGAGGAAUCAACAGUGAAGUUUCACGUUGUAGGUUUGAAAUGUUUAAAUUGUGGAAGUUACAACACCUGCAGGGUUAAAGCAUCUCCUUCUCCAGCAGAUCCUGAAACGUUGGAUGACACAGCUGGAGGCAGCACGAACACAGGCGACGAAGAGAAAUCACAACGGCAAAACUCCGAGUAUUGA